UGUUAGCGCACCUUGAUCUUUAAUAAAAGAGGCACGAAAGUGAGAACCUCCAACCAGGAAAUGACUACAUACGCUGAUUAUUUCGCGCGAAUUUUAAGCACUAUAUCCCAUCGAAGGUAACCUUUUCGAUUAGUCUUAUCAAUACUGAUUUACAUCAAAUGAAAAGAAAAAGUAAGUGACAUUAAAAACAUGACUUUCAACGUGUUUUGGCCUCGAACAGUGAAAGAUCGUGUCGCCCUGGCAGUGUUUAUGUUGAUAGGGGGACCACUGAUGUUUUGUUAUGAGGUCUUGGUUGUUAUUCCUACUUACUACAGCGUGUGGACAUUAACAGCGUAUAUCCAUGUGAUAUUCGGACUGGUAUUAGCCGUCAGUAUUUACUGGAAUGUAUAUAACGUCAGAAAAAACUUCCCACGGUGUCUUGUGAAUGGCGACAGAAGAACUCAAGAGGCCGCCACCUGUCAGGGACACUCCAGCGAAUCAAGAAAAGAGCAAUUCGAAACGAAGUCAGAAACGGCAGUUACUCUUGACCACUUUCAGGGAAAUCAGAGACCAUCUUCAGACGCAGCUAUAAUCAGGAACGCUGGCGGCUUGCAAAAUUUGACUGGACAUGGGACCGGAACUGAAACAGAAGGGGUAUUUUGUUCAUUGUGCCAGAAUCAGUCCCCACCGAGGUCGUUUCACUGCGAGCUCUGUGACGGCUGUGUUCGACUGCAGGAUCACCAUUGCUGGUUUGCAGGUUGCUGCAUUGGACAACACAACCAGAAACAAUACGUCUACAUGAUGCUAUCCUGCUGGCUCCUCGCCUUAUACGGGAACGUGCUUAACUUCUCAUUUAACGUGUCCACACUUGGACUAAAUCACUGGACACCGGUAAUCUUAGUGGCGCCACACAUAGCCCUCAUGUUCGGAUACCUCUCCUUUUAUGAAUUCUUCGUCGCUGGUUUAACAAGUGUUGGUAUGUUUCUCUUUGGGCUGUUCACUAGAUUGCUGUAUGCGCAGGCUGUUCAGAUGAUCACUGGACAGACGAGGUACGAGCGGAAGAAAGGAAUCAAGGUGCAAAGCAGUGGAUUUAAAAGGAAUGUUGAGGCAGUGUUUGGGAGGAACAGUAUUGUUUAUGUUAUUAUCAAUAAAAUACAUUCAUUCCUCGGUUACAGAGAUGCGAAAUUCAGAUGAUGUCAUGUAGAAAAUCUAAUGUGAUAUGAAGCAAAGUGAAUGAACUUUAGAACGUUAAUUAUCUCACUGAGAAAAAUUGGUUACAUAUUUCAACAAUUCUUCUGCUGGUACAUCAUAUACGUGAAUCAAGUGACAAAAGAUUUUUAAUUAUAAAUCGUGCAUGUUGGAAGAUGGGAAACGUAAAAAAAAAGUUUUUUGCUUGCUUGGCAAGGACAGUGUUUUAAUAUCAUUACAAAAUAAAUUAUUCUGUAAAAUUCAG